UAUGGAAAUGGCGGUGCGCGUUUCGCGAUUUCUUGAGCCGCUCUUUCUGGCAUGGUUUCGCGAAACAUCCGAUAAUUUCCUACCCACGCGAGCGUGUGAGCUCCCUUAAGCGAUGCAGUUGGACGGCCGAAAUCUUGGAAAUUCUUCGCACCUGGAUACCGUCAACAAACGUCGAGAGAGUGGCACCAGCUGCGGCUCUUUCUAGAUGCCGGAGACUGCGAAGCGGUCUUUCGUUCUUCACCUUGCCGCUGUGCCAGGGUAACCCGAUGUGUGCGCGUUCCGGGUGAUAAGUGAUCAUAAGGCCUGCAGUCGACGACCGUCGCAGUGCUGCACAUCAUGCGUCAGCUAAAGGUUGGCGACACCUUCGACUCGUUCGUUGAGUGGAAGAGUGCGCUGGACGAGUUCUGCAAGGCGACCGACCAGGGCUUCAAGGUGUACGCCUCCAAAUCGGUGAGGAGCUACAACAAGAAACUCGAGCAGAGCCGGCUCAAGUGCAAGACCAAGCUGCCGGCACCCGAGACCGUGGACGAGAAGUGGCAGUUCACAUCCGUCCAGUACUGCUGCGUCAUGUCUCGCGGAAAGAGCAAGGCGCGCGACGAUCCUAAUGGAAAGAUAGCAUACAAGAAGUGCAAUGCAGCUGUGGGUAUCAAGUAUGACAAGCAGUCAGACAAGCUGGUGCUCAUCAAGGUUAACUUGGAGCACGAUCACUCAGACCCACCAGAGGCCCCUGACACCAACGCAGUCGACAGCACUAACGACCUCUCACAGGAGGGCCUCACGGCGCUGCAAGACUCCAGCAUGGGUGAACUGGAGGCAGACGGCGAUGGGGAUGCCCACAUCGAAGCCGACGGCGAACAUGGAGGCGAGCCCGAGUCCAGUUCCAGCGAGGACAGUGACGAGGACGAGGAUGGCAUGGACCCGCUGCACACGGGUGUGGGUGAGGAGUUCCGGGCACUUAGUGUUCGCCACGCCCGACAGCUGCAGCUUACCCUGGGUGGCGCCAGUGGCAACGGCGCAGCCACGGACAGCUCGCUACGCGAGGCCACCGAGAUCGCGUCGCUGCUGCGUGAGCUAGAGAAGCUGGAGGAGGCAGAUGCCGACGCUGCGGUCUCCGUCAUCGUGGGCGCCGGCGACGCAGUGACGGCUGUGUUUUUCCAGACGGGUGCUAUGCGGCGAUCGCUACGCCAGUUCCCCGAGCUGCUGCUCUUCGACAGUGGCUACACGUUCGCCGCCAUGGCGACGGGGCCUGGGGGACGGCCCCGGUUCUCCCUCGCCUCGUGGAGCGGCCACGAUGCGGCCGGCCUGGGCUGCCCGUUUGCCUUCGCGCUCGUCAUGCGGCCCGUGCGGCUCGUCGUCGGUCUUCUGAUGAGUGUCUUCACACAGGCCAACCCCGUAGCCUCCCAGGUGCGGCUGCUGCUGCUGGGCAAAGAGCAGCUCAAGCUACAGGGCCUGCGGAACUUCUUCGACCAGGCAAGCACCACGCUGCUGUGCCACUACCAUGUCAUUCGCUCAUUGCUGAACAAGAUGGACCAGCUGAAAAUGCCACCGACCGAGCAGGAACGGGUGUGCCGGACGCUGCGUGCCAUGUUGGCAUGUCUGCACGAGCGCACCUACAUGGACAACCUGCGACGGCUGCUGACGGCAAAGGGGCGCUUUUCGAACCACUUCCAGCACGUGUGGCACGAGCAGAGGGAGCUCUGGGCUGGCUUUCGCCGGUCGGGCCUCGUGCCCUGGUGUGCAGGUGUCAACGACCGCGUCGAGGCGCUCGUCCAGUUCCAGCAGGCGGUGUGCAACCAGUCUCGCAGCCUGUGCGAGGCCGUGUGCAACCUGGCUUACGGGGCGCACGGCGUGCUCGCCCAGACCACCACCGAGGCCAUGCUGGACGAGAUCCGCGAGUACCAUGUCCAGCUGCUCGACUACGAAGCACGCCUCAUCGCUGCCUGCUGCGACUACGCGGCCGUCCACGUGUUGGUGCAGAUACGCAUCUCACGCUCGCACAAGUUCUCGGUGCUGGCCUCGGGUUCACACCUCGUGGUCAACUCCAUUGCGGGCAAGGGCACAAUGCCCCUGGGCGGCUUCGCCUGCGACUGCACCUUCCGCCAGACUUACCGGCUUCCCUGCGCACAUGCCUUCGUCGUGGCACACGCCCGCAACGUAGAGAUACCGCUCGACGAAGUGGCACAGCGGUGGAGGAGGUGCGGCCCAUUCCCGAUCGACCUGACUGCAGGCGGCACUGGCGGUGCCAGCGGCGAGGACAACGAAGGGUGGGCCGGCGAAGGACAGCGCGAAUACCAGGAGCGCAUGUCACGUGCCCGUGACCUUUCAGAGGCGCUGUGCUCGGUGGCAGCGCACAGUGCUGCCGACGGCUGGCAUCACAUGCAGGCGGUGCUCAUGCAGCUCUACCGCACCUGGGCACGAGACCCGACAGCGCGCAUCACGCUCGCGCUUGAGGACGGCACACCGCUGCCGAUCAGCCCACCACCACCACCGCCAGGAACCGCUGCCACAACGCAACACGCAGCCGUGCCCUGCGGUGGCGUUGCUGCCAAGGGCCAGCCAAUAGUGCCAAAGGACGAGCUGCUCGAUGCCAUGGACGACUUCGAGCUGGCCCAGAAGGACACCAGCAACAUGGCCUCCGGCCUGGAGGACAACCACCAUGCCGCAAUGCUUUCGGACGAUGACGCCGACAUGCCACGUGACAGCGUCAAGAGCAACGUGUUUGCCGGCACGACCCAGUUGGAGAAGACCGAGCCCCCAUGCUCCCCCGGCGGGCUUCUCAAUGUGCCCAGUGGUCACCACCACCACCACCAUCAGGGCGGUGGAGACGGUGGCGACGGCGUCACGUCGUCCGGCCUGGGCAACAUCAAGAUGCCCGACGAUGCUGUGUUCGGCUUUUCGGGGGGCAUCUUCAAGGACGGGGCGGCCGAGGCAACGGGCAAUGGCACCGAGCGCCACCACCAGCACUGCGUCGUCUCCACGGUGGCUGGAACGACCACGUCCACAACCAGUGCACCUGUGUGCGAGGAGGCCAAGCUGUCGGCCGAAGAAGAGGUGUACCGGCUGCACUCUGGGGACCUGUCGUGCUUCACUGCCAGCAUAGGUGGAGGCAACGAGGGAGCGCAAGCCACUGGAGAGCAGCUGGGAGACCUGUUUGGCUACGGCUCUGACUUUGCCAAGGGCCUUCAGGCCGAGGGUCGGGACAGCCCCGUGCUGCUCAGCAUCAAGGACGACGAGCUCAGUGACGGUUCCAAGGAGGUGGCACGCAUAAAAUGGGACAACGAGGAGAGCUACAAGCUUCUGGACAGCAUCAUGGAAGCCGACGCAUCGGAGAAGCUCGACUGUGUGGCAGACGAAAUGAUGGCGACCGACCCAACUGGGCAACAGCUGCAGGCCAGCAUGGAGAGUGCGGCACGCAGUCUCCUCGAAGACAUCAAAGCCAGCUCCGAGGCACCACCUCAAUGACUCUAGAGCAUCCAGCUGGAUCUCGCUGAUUCGUGCUCAGUUCUGCUACCACGACUGCCUCAGCUGGUCGGGGCUGUGCUUGUUGCUACGAGAACUAAAGACCUUGAACCCAGCAAAAUGCAACUUUGCCCAGUCUGUGGCAACGUCCCCUGCACACACGAUUCGGGAAGCAGAGUUGGUGGAAAAUUUGAUCAUCGCUGGAGAGACGACGGCCGUUCGUGCUCUUUGGCCGAGUUCCCACGUGUUCAGCACACCCUGCGUCGUUCUGAGUGAAUUGUCAGCACUGGAUUUCCGAAGCGUUCUCCCACCUUGAUACCAAGUUCACCUUCUCUUCCGACCGACUCACAUUCAUUGACCUUAAUUUCAUUGCGUAACAUAUGUCCACCCAUUGCCUACUUGAUCUGCUGCUCCUAUGCGAAUGUUUCUGUUUUUCAUUUCUUUCCUUGCUGGCACGGACAGCGUUGCAUUGCCCAAACUGCUACAUUGUCGUAUGCAUUGCAUAUGGACGACCUUCCCUUGGUAUUGAGGCGUUUUGGAGCAAGCUCAAGCGAUUUAGCCAGGCACGCAAAGCGGUAGUAGUGCCACUGCUCCUAUGCAGUGCCACUGCACCUGCAGGAUAGCAUUGCCAUGUUUUGUGUCUGUCAACUCCACAUCAUUGUGAAACAUGCCUCCUUGUUUUGAGUGCUUUAUUAGGACGCACCACUUCACUGUAAAAUAGGAACACAUCCCAACAUUUCGUGCUGUUUACUCAGACAACAUUGCUCGUGAUCGUCAUCAACAAAAUUAAUUAUUCGGAAUUUUUUACUGUGCGCGUUAACUGCAGUUCCCUCAGAGUCGUACAUUUCAGUUCGGCAUAUUUGGGCCCACAGGUAUGCUGCUACUGUGUUUAGUAUGCGUUAUUGAUAUUUUCACCUUUUUUGUGAUUAUCUGGAACUGCGUACACUCUACGCGCGUAAUGUUUUAUGUUUGCCUUAAUUUGUCCCACAAGACCACUUCAUUUCCUCAUCAUACUGAGCUUUCCUGGACUAUGUGUGGUGAACGUUGUGCAGCAUUGAAUUUCUGCUGGUGGUGCAGGCUUUAGCAGAGACUCAUUUCCUGCAGGCACACUGCCACUUUAAUUGCAGUGUUGUUGUGCCAUCACACCGCCUACCAAUCACGUCUCAAGGAGGCCACUGUUGAUACCUUUUCGUUCUGCGAUGCUGUUGCCUUUGCUGAAGUGUCACUCUGCUAUCAGAGAACCACAGCUUUUGUGCAGUAUGGAUUUGCUUGUUGGCACCCGUGCACCAUGAGUUAGCCAUGUCAUGUUUGUGGUGAUUUGUUAGGCACAUGGUGGAUUUAUGGAUGACAAAGGUCACGGCAGUAUUUGUGUUUUUUUUUCCCUCAAAUUGUUGCAGCAAUUGCGCCAAGUGUUCAAUAAGGUAAACCUGUGAAAUCACCAAUUUUUGCUCUGCCUGAUGUACAUACCUCAAAGAACCAGUACAGACAUAUGUUAGGUCAAGUUGUCACACUAUAUCAUGAAAUCUAUGAAGCAUAGCUUUUUUUAAGAGCAUGAAUUUUGUGAGAAAAUUACGUAAACACGUCAGGAUGAGCACCACUGUUGCACACAUGCAAAAUCAUCUUCUGAUGAUGUUUUAUGUCUUGUUUAUGACUGGUACACAUUUCAGACAAUUUUUAAUUAAAAAAAUGAAAAACUUAAAUAUUGGUCUAGAGCUGUUGAAAGGUCAUGCAGAAAGGCCCAGUAACACUACCUGUUCACCCACACUCACUUUGUGCUGCUUGUAAAAAAAAAAUUAUGUCACCCUCUGAAUUACUACAGUGUUGGUGUCUGCUGGAGCGUGACCUUCGCAAUGGCUGUCACCUCGCAGCAGUCUCGAUCAGUAUUGCAAAUUUACUUAUUUACAUCCCCCCCCCCCCUUUUUUUUAAGCAUGAUGGGAGGCAUGAUGUCUUCUCUUGCAAUUUUCUUAUCAGCUGUGGUACAGAGCUGUAAUAAUGUGCCACUCUAAUUGGAUGUGUUACAUAUUUGCAUUUGAUGUUUCUUUAAGGAAAAGCAGAAACUGCUUUCAUUCUUACUGUUUUCAAGAUUUAGUGGGGUGCUUGCACUAGCAAGGUGUGCGACGGUAGCACCACGGACGAGGCAGGUCGUGUGACGCCUUGCUCGGUCAUUGCAUCGUCCCCACUAGAGUGGCCGACUUCAGGGGAUACUCAAAGUAUAGGGCUUUGUGGGCUGCCAGUUUUUACAUUGGGAACAUUCGUGUAUGUUUUUAUCACACUGCACAUGUGCCAACUAGUACGCUCAUAGCACACUGGCUGACUGUCGAGUAGAGGUGUCGACAGGUGUUGCUUUGUACCAGUCUGCUUCACUCAUACUGUCAGCAUAAUGACUAACCAUCAGAAAGGAACUUGUGUGUCACGCACACAUUGUGCACGCAAAUGUAUGCUGCCUGAGCCUCAUUUUGCUUUGAGUGACCUAACCUCCCCUUUCUCUCUUUUUUGUAUUUGUUUUCAGCUAUUUCGAGGUUACUUCACACCAUUCCGCCGUGCAGCCAUUCGAAUGCAGUCUGUCUUGCAUAAUCUUUUUGCUGCGUUCACACCUGCAUUUAUAUUCUUGUGAUUUGUGAAGGCAAAAGCUGAGGCAUAUCAGUUGUAUCACUGUCAGGCCUCUCAAAUUAUUUUAUACACCUUUAAUUGAGCACAUAGCAUAUAUGUAUACACGCCAUAUUUUCUUUUGCACUACUUUCUGUGAAAAUUCCAGGAAGCUAACACGCAAAGUGGAAACGCAGGCUAUAUGAGAAUGACACCUUGCUUUUUAGCUUCACAGCAACGCACUGUGUGUCCAUGCAUUGUGCCUCUGUAGAGUGCACCCUGGUAAACUCGUGAUGACCAAACACCGAAAACAUAUUUUUUCUUAAUUUUGCUUCCUCCCAAUUGCAAUUAGCCAUAUUAUCACAGCGAAUAUCGUUUCUUCUUUGUGGAGUUGUGAUAGCACAACCUGGGCAUAACGUCGGUUAUACGCGUGAAAAUGCGGCAGUCUCCAUGCUGCAUGUACUGAUGCUGUUGUUUCCAGAUGGUGUCUUAAAUGUUCAUGUUGUUGUCGAUUGUGUCCAACAGAUCGUGCUUUUGGUAAUACUGAAAGAUGUUGGAUUUUGAGAAUGUUGUAUCCCUAUAUUGCGAGAAAUUGAGUUGUCAAUUUUUUUUUAUUUUUACAGCGAUAGCAAUGUUCUCUUAGACAUUCACAAAUAGCGUGUUGCAUGCUUGGUUUGCCUUGUUAACAUCGGAGACCUGUUGAGUAGGGACUGAUUGGAAUGCACUCACUUGAUGCAAGACUUUCAGAAGAUAGCGGUGCUGCUCUCAGAUGAAUUUGCAGUGUAAAAAACUGUUAUCUCUAGAACUGAGCGUCCUUGCUAAGAAAGUGCUUGUUAGGGUUGCAUUAAAAGCUAAACCUAACUGCUCAUCCACGGGGCCAAUUGGAGGGAAAACAAUUAUUGACUGUACGUUUGUAUUUCGUUUAUACUUUGUUUAUUCAGUCGCGACAUCAGCUUACUGAUGCACUCACCCCGGAUUGCGGUACAAGAGUGCUAUCUUUUCUUGUGAUCGGUAAAAGUGCAACCCUCCCCAAACUGGGCAGGCGAAGCUUAUGGUACGUUGGAACAGCUUUCUACAUAAUGUGAGGCCUGGAAAAAUAGGUAAACAUGGCUCAAGAAUGACCGUGUCAGGUUGAUUUCUCGUGCACUGAAGCAUUGAUUCAAACUGUACAUACUUUCAUUCAAAACAUAUAUAUGUGCAGUUUGCACUUUUUUUUUUUUCACUGCAUAUUUUGCAAGGAUGUAUUCUUAUGGCAAAUGCAGCGUUUAGCAAGGCAUAUGAGCUGCUUACUUCUCAUUGUGCUGACCUGCAGUGUACAGUCAUCUCGAUGUGUUGUGAUUUGAAACUGACACACUGUCUACAUGAAACCUCAAUGAAACAUUUGGCAUGUGAAGUAUGAAAUUGUACAUAGUAUUGUAAUUCUUUUGUUUUUGAAUGGCUGAUGAGUCUAUCCUUCUCAAAGGGACCCCACAUCAGUCUCAUGACUUAAAUGAUUUGAAUCAACCUUCAUGAGCAGCAUUAGAAUACAAUAUGGUCUAAGGGAAGCCAGGAUGAUGUCAGUGGAAGCCGGAAAAAUUGAAAUCCAGUCGUUGCGACAUGUGUCAGAGCUAGACAAAAGUGUAGUUUGACUUCUGGUGCAACUGGAGGCACAUACGCAUAGACUUGUGAAAGCACUUCACUGGUGCGCCGCGAUUGAUACUUUGUGCUUGGGCUCAGUUUGAGAAAUGGUGCUUGUUGGCAGUGGCAGCCGCAUAAACACAGUGCCACAUGCUAAUGAUUUCAUUAUCCCAUACGCUCUGGUUACUGUGGUGUAACUUCUUGCUUGAUCUGCAGCUGCAUUGUACUUGAGUACUGUAGACCGGUCUGGAUGUCUGUACAUUCCUUCCUAAAUAAGCAAAUGCUGCAUCUGCUGCUGACAGCAACCAUAUUGUCUUUGAAUUUUUGUGAUAGCCUUGAAUUUUCGUGAUAGCCUUGACUAUCACAAAAAUAGUGAUAGUGUGCUGAGCUGUUGUUGCCGUUGGCACACACAUUUGUCAUAGCUGUGUAGAGGGGAACUUAGGUGAUCCUUAGGUCAAGAUCUCACUGGUGAUAAAUAUCAGAUGUAUACAAGCUGUUUCCAGCUUGCCAUCAUGUAUAUGUUGUGUCCCGGCUGACUCGGGCUAAGCUAGAUUAUAAAUGUGCAACGAAAUAUGAAGAUGCGACUAAUGGUGUUUUGUAAGCAGUAGCCUCGCACUUGCUGGUAAGUUCUUGUUGUUGACACGUAGUUAACUUGUGAAAACUUGUUGAGUUGAUAAUUGAUUACGUUCAUAAUUUUAGAAAUCUAGAUGUCUAAUUCUGCAUCCCAUAUAAAAGCGACAGCAGCACGUGCUUGCUUUGCAUCUUUCUUCACCAUUUGCACCACAAAUCUGAAAUGCAGAAAAAGUAAUUGGGAAUGGUGUAGUAGGGUGGGAAUUAUCGUGAUGCUUUCGAAUGUGAUGCAGAAUCAGACAUCUGAAUUUUUGCAAUUAUGCAAGCAAUUAACACAAUCAGUUUUCACAAGUUGAGUACAGAAUUUACCGGUACACACGAGGCUAUCACUACAAAACUUCAUAAGCCUCGCCAUUGUAUCUUAUCACACUUCUUUUUAUUAGCUUGGCCUGAGUUAUCUGGGAGUCGCUGUAUAUGAAAGACGACACCCAUACUUUCAUUAGGGAGGCCAUAGCGGCUCAACAUCCAAGUUUGAUGAUGUUGGGCUUCGUUAGCAGACGUGAAAAUUAUUAUGUGCCGAAUAUACCAGCACAGUGGCAAAGGCUGCACGAACAGCCUUUACUGUCAAAAACACGUGCCAGUACCUGCCAAUAUAAUCAUUCCUUCACUGUAAUAUCCACCACAUUCUGAUUGGGUAAUGAAUUAGUUGGUUGCUAAAGAGGAAACAGAUGUUAGCUAGCAUGGUGUGACAAAAUUUUAUAUCUCCCAUGCUAAUAAACUAUUCAAUGUUUGUGCUGAAGUCUGCACUUGUAACCAGCUCAGGUCAGUGAACAGGAGUUCUUGCAGUAGUUUUCAUUUCCACAAGUUCACGCAAGUGAAUUAUGAAUGUAGUGAACGUGACUGGCAGUGGCAGCCACAUAAACACAGUGACCUGUAUUAGAAGACUCGCUUAAAAUGUGUUCCAUUCACUUCAGCGACUGCAUCAGGGGUCCCUUUGAAAGGGUGCGCUAACAGCUACUCUAGUCAUGACCGCAUAGUUUGUCAUGGCUAAAUUGGUGCUGCGCAAUUUGCGCUGCAUGUAGACGGUUCUUUGCAUGCGCAGUGCUAGUAUUGUGCAGGGUGUAUUGGUGGGCUGCAUUUAUUCGUUUCACAUGUUAUUCAGUGCUCUGUAUGUAUUGUUAUCCCCACAGAAUGUACUGAUUGUUGUAUAGUAUGUCUACACAUUAGUUCCCUCUUGUGGUACGCUUUCUUAUCUUCUAAAUGCAGGAGGAACUCAUUUUUAUUAUAGAGAACAGCCCAGUCUAUAGCAAUACCUUGCCCUGUUUGGCAGGCCGAGGAAGAUGAACAUCUCUCUGUACAUGGAAAACAAGUCCUGUUGUCCACAAAACAUGUGCUCGUGUGUAGUACUAACUGUAGAACACUAUAUCCUCGUUCUUUCUGGUAAUAGUCGUUUCUCUGAAAGAGUUAAAGGUUGUAAGAAGUGUUGCUGCAUUGACACCAAAGCUUAUUUUUUGUACCUUAUUUUUAUGGUAGUCUAGCCAAGCAAUGUGGCAUUUGUGUGAGACAUUUCCACUCAACCUUAGUAAGGCAGGUUCAUUGAAACAUAAUUUCAUAAUAUACUUGCACGUGUUCUCAUUUCGUGUGUGCCAUUUAAACUUCACCACCUGCCUUUCUUCUUUCUUUUCGCUUUGUUACAUUUGAUUCAUCGAUCGUCCUGCCAUCUGGGUUGUUUUUGUACAGCAGUUGAUGUGUUUUGUGUACUGUGUGUGCUGUGCUGUUGUUUGUGUCGUGAACUAUAUGGCGUGGUCGUAAAUAUAUUGCAGUGAAAUAAAUUGUGUAAUGUUUAUUGUUUGUGAAGUAAAGCAAAACACGCACCACCCAGAAUUAAGUAAUUCGUAUGAAGAACUUCACAUUUCAGCCCCCACAUGGGGCAAUGAGAAAGACAAUCAACAAUGCAUGUUCAUUGUGCAAACACCUGUAUUUGAGAGCCCUCUUGUGUCUUGUUGUACAGCAUU